UACAGUUAAAAUAGUGCAUUUACUAGCGCUUCUGUACAAGAUCAGAUUAUUUGGUCGUCAUUUCAAAUACUUCAUAUCAGUGCAUUUUGUUUUUUUUAUCAGGGGUUAAGAGCCGACACUGCAUGAGAGCUGUUUUGAUUCAACACUACAAGAAUGAUGUCUGGCCAGGGUGAUCAAUUGGAUGGAGGAUUGCAUUAACGUGGGGAAAAAAAUUGACUCUGGAUUUCAUUGUGACGCUUUUAAUGGAAGGAUACUGUUACAGAUUAACACAGAAGAAAUAAUGUGUUGCAGUCAGCAGAGGAACAUCAUUAUGUGGUUGAAGCCAAGAAAAUUAAACAAGAUACUUAAUAAGAGAAAAGACCGUCAAUAAAAGCUGGAACUGAAUUGAUCGUUUUUAUAUACAAAGUUUGCAUACCUUCUUCAAUGUUUUGAAUAUCAAACAGAUUCUGCUUUCUUUCUCCUCCACCAAUUUGAUUUCUGCCUGUUCCUUCACAUCUUAUAAAUAUUCCCACCAAGAGGACUAAUAAUCAUGCCAGAAAAUGUGAGCUCCAGAAUGGACACUCCCACCAACAUCUCCCUGGUGGGGUCUGGGGACGCUGUGUCCGAGUCCCUGGAGUAUAAGACUGUAUCUGUGUUCCUGGUGCUGCUGGUGUGUGGAGUUGGCAUAGUAGGAAACAUCAUGAUCGUGCUGGUGGUUCUUACCACACGCCACAUGCGUACACCCACCAACUGCUAUCUGGUGAGCCUGGCAGUGGCGGACCUGAUGGUUCUAGUGGCCGCGGGUCUGCCGAACAUCUCUGAGAGCCUGAUGGCCACCUGGGUGUACGGGCAUGCUGGGUGCCUGGGCAUCACCUACUUUCAGUACCUGGGCAUUAAUGCGUCCUCCUGUUCAAUCACAGCUUUCACUGUAGAGAGAUACAUCGCCAUAUGUCACCCAAUGAGGGCUCAUACGGUCUGUACGGUAUCUCGAGCCAAACGCAUCAUUGCCGGGGUGUGGGUUUUCACCUGUGUCUACUGUAUGCUCUGGCUCUUCCUGGUGGACAUCCAGGUGAACCCUGACGGUCGUGUUCAGUGUGGCUACCGCGUCUCUCGAGACCUCUAUCUGCCCAUUUACCUUAUCGACUUCGCCAUCUUCUACGUUAUCCCACUGCUUCUGGCCAUUGCUCUUUACGGUCUCAUCGCCCGAAUCCUUUACCUGAAUCCUCUGCCCCACCCACCAGACUCGGGCACCGUAACCGCCCCCACUCUCAGGAGGAGCUGCAAAGAACCGGUGGAUGCUGGAAAACCAGGUCGUCAGGGACGGCCAAAGAGUGCGCUUUCUUCUCGGAAACAGGUCACUAAGAUGCUGGCAGUGGUGGUUGUGCUCUUCGCCCUGCUGUGGAUGCCGUACAGGACCCUGGUUCUAAUUAACUCCUUUGUGAGCACACCAUACCUGGACGCCUGGUUCCUGCUCUUCUGCAGGACCUGCAUCUACGCCAACAGCGCGAUCAACCCUGUCGUUUACAACCUGAUGUCACAGAAGUUUCGAUCGGCCUUCCGCGGGCUGUACCGCUGCCGUAGGGAAGACGUGCACCAGCGGACACUCUCCAUGCUCCAGAGCGGACACAGCCUAGGAAGAGACCCUCGAAUUUGCAGCAACACCAACGGCACCAGAGACACACCUAAAAAAAUCAGUUCAGUCACUCCUGAGCUGAAACAACACAAAGGCAUGGAGAACAAGAAAAACAUGGACAAGCUAAUUAGCGAUGGUGUAAGAAAUGAGAUCGAUCCAAACAUCAACAAAAAUGCAGUUGAAAACUGCAAGAUAGAUGAAUUGAAAACCUCAGUAGUCAAGGAGAUGCCUACAGUGGAGAACGUGGACAUGAGCAAGAUUGAUGAUAAUGGGAAAAUAAUGAAGGGAAGCGCUAAUACUACUCAGGAUAUUAUCGCUGACAUGAACAACACAGAGCAGACACAGCUAGCCUGCGGUCAGGUCCAAUCCACUCUGGGGGAGGCUGAACAGAAUGACACUGAGCUAAAUCACAGCACUGUAUAGAAUAGAUCAAUCCACUAUAUUUCUAUAAACAGUUGUUGUUCAUUGAGCCUGGUUGUUCAUUUCAAAACAAGAUCUUGAAUUUGGGAUCUUUUUUUGGAUGUACUAACAGGCAUCAUCCUCUCUCUCAAGUGGAGGUGGCAAGACUGUAGCCACUCAAGUGAAACCAUUUGGCUGUCAGCACCAGCUUCACAUACCUCCUACUAGUGCUAUUGUUCCAACUAGAGUUACUUGAUAAAAAAAAAACAUCGACCUAUUAUUUUGAUCUCACAUUGCUGCUGCUUAGAAAUGUAGAUAAAAAAGGCUGGAAUCUGCUACAUGGCUUUUAGAUUUUAUGCAUUAAACACCAAUUUUGUAAAUGGUUACAGUGGAAAACCUGACCAUCAUACACUAGACAACUGAGGAUCACACACAGUUGUGCUUUCGUGAGAUCUGUGGAGUGUGGAGGUUCGAAUGUUAGAUGAGCUCGGUUGCCUCAGUAGAGCCGUGUCAUGGGUGAUAGCACUGCGCUAGGCUAACACUAGGCUACGCUACGCUAGCUGUGUUCUGCCACUGCGCUUUCAAGUUGUUCCGAACACAGAAGUCCUGCAGAAACAUGCUCAUCAUUGCUAGGAGACACAUAACAGAUGGAAACAAUAUGUUUCUUCUGAUAGACUGGAUAGAAUCAUAAUCUAAAGCAACAUACAUAAAUAAAUAAAAAGAAAUCUGAGCCUAAGUGAUUCUAUGUGAAAUCUGGGAAAUCAAACUGCCCAAAAUCUGCAGACUGGCUAUGAUAUUCAGCAAGCUUUAACUCUUCCAGAAUGCAAAUCUGGGCAAAAGUUGUGUAGUGUAUUCCAGCCUUGAACUGUUGCUCCUAGACAGCAAUGAGGUUACAGUGAAAGCAAGUUUUGAUGAAAGAGAUAGUCUACUCAAAAAUUGUAAUUAUUUAUUACCCUCAUGUUGUUCCAAACAUGUAUGACUUUCUUACUUCUGCGAAACACAAAAGAAG